AUGUCAGAAACUCCAGCACGUCGGACGCGUGGUUCGACCAGAAUGAGCGCAACACCCGCUGCGCCUUCCGUCGCAGGCAGCCGCAGACCUCGUGCGAAAACACCCAAAGCACUUCCUGCUGUACCUACUGGAAAAUCACAUGCCUAUGGUGCUGUUGGUAAGGUCGAGUUGUCGACACAGCUCGAGGAUCCUUCUGGCAGCGCUGGUGGAUUUGCUGCCCGCUUCCUUGCAGAUAGAGGUGCAGCCGUCAGUCGUGACAUUGGCGAUGCUGUUGUUCCUGAUGCUUUACCCGCACCUUCAGCAAACAUUACCAAGGCAACCACCACUACCAGACCAGUCAGCACGAAACCGACAAUGUCCAGGUCGCCUGUUGCUACUACCAGCAUCCGAUCAACACAGAAGAUUACAACGCCUUAUUAUCUACGACCUCAGGCUCAUGAUAGUACUGAUAAUGACGAAUUCGAAGAUGACUAUCAGCAUGCCGGUUUCGUGCCCACUGGCGGCUCUCUGUUUCGUCGAGCGCCGUCUACGGGUGCUGGUAGUUUCACCGACCUAGAUACCCAGUUCUCCUACGAAGCAUCUAUGCCACCCUCCACUAGAUCUCGGAAAGUUGCAGAAUUGCGGCCUCCGCCCACGACUCAAGAGAGAGAAGCUGCCCGACCUUGGAGAGUGUCUGUCUUCUUCGAGACACUGCACCGUCGGUGGCAAGAUUUCGAAAUACCUUGGGACAAGUUCUCGCCACAGGUCAGGAGGAUCUGUCUUGCUCUUCUGACAGCGUUCUUACUUCUCUUUCUCCUCGGACCAAGCAGAUGGCUUGGUCUUCUGGAAAGAGGCACAAAUGCAUGUUUUAAAGCUGGCGAGUACGUCAUCAGCCCACUCUCGUAUGUUCAACGAAGAGCCUUUGGUUCUGGCGAAGACAAAUUGUCGAGGCGCCUGCAGACUCUAGAGCUUGAUAUGCAAGGUGUUAGAAACCAAUCAAUCCUACCAGAACAGAUCAUGGUGCGUAAAAAUCCGGAGACUGGCGGACUGGAGUUUCCUCCUGGUUUUUGGCAAGCGAUAGACGCAAAACUGGAUCAUCGCGACAAUGGAAAGAUCUGGGACAGAUUCAUGGAGACCAAUCAAAGAAAACUUGAACAACAUGCUCAAGACCUCGUCCAAAGGACACUGCAACACCAAAAAAUCAUUAGCAAGGAAGACUUAGCUGCUGCUGUUCGUGAGAACCAUGCAGCAUUCCAGGAACACUUCUCCGGGCAGCUCCGUGCAUUCGAGGCAUCAGUUCGCAAGUCUACAGAAAUGGUUGCAAGGAGAACUGUGUCAGAUAUCAUCAAACAGCUGCCCGAUAGCAAAGGAUCUACGCAGCUGCACAGCCUGGCUCUCGCAAACAUAGCUCGGAACACAGAACUCAGACUUCGUAGCGUGAAUUUCUUCUCCCAUGCACUGGGAGCCACUGUACACCCCAGAUACACUUCUCCGACCCACCCUAGGCAACUCGGAGGUGUGUGGCAGUGGGUCAACAGGAAUCUUUAUGAUUAUCAGGGGCGAGGCCAUCCUUCGCCAUCUCGAGCUCUGACAGCUUGGGACGAGCCUUCGGAUUGCUGGUGUGCUGCUGCAUCAGAUGACAAGGGAAAGGCUCAGAUUGGUGUGAUCAUCCCCCGCGCCAUGAUUCCAACUAGUAUCACCAUCGAGCACAUGCCCACUACAGGUACACUCGACAUUGGAGCAGCACCUAGAGAAUUCGAGGUUUGGGUUAGAACUCGAGCUGGUGCCGGAGCACCACAAUCAUACAACUCUCAUUUGGGCUGUGGAGAGGCGCCCGAGCCUGGUCUCGUCUGUAUCGGCAAAGCAUCAUACGACAUUCAUGCACUCAACCAUGUUCAAAAUUUUGACCUCGAGGAUAUCGACGGAGCAACAGGUUUCGUUGACUUUGCCGUCAUCAGAGUCAUAAACAAUUGGGGCCAAGACUGGACAUGCAUCUACCGCAUCCGACUGCAUGGUGAGCCGGAGCCUGCCGAACUCAAGAGCGGUGACUCGGGCGAACUCUGA